AAAGUGAAAGAAACAUUAAGCUUCACUAUCUCAGCAGAACACUUGCUAUCGGUUGAUUCUCCUUGUUUGUGAGCAACAUGGGCAAAAUAUACCAGUUAACAGUUGUCGGAAUACAAGGGGAAAAGAAAACUGUUGAUGUUGCAACUACAGAAGAAGACUUCAACAACACAACUAUUCUUGUAUUCAAGAAGAAACUUAUCGAGAAGCUGCCAGGAAACAUAGAUCCUUCUGAGCUUCGGGUUCUGUAUGCGGCCAAGCAGUUGGAGGACAAUGACAAACUGUCUGAUCAUGGAAUAAAGGAUAAAUCCACACUCAUGCUCGUACUACGCUUGCAUGGAGGAUGGACACAUAUAUAUGCACUCACUAUGAAGUCACAAAUGUAGUAGCCUAGGCUACUGUGUGUCAUGUAAUAUUGUAAAAUACUUGUAUGUGUCUUUGGCAGACUGGGCUAUUUUAACCUUUGUUGAUUUAAAAAUGUCCAGAAAUGGAUGUGGGGAUAGGAUAAAGCUGCUUCUCAUCUGGAUGUUUUGUGAUGAAUGUCUAACUUGUAUGUGCACAGAGAGUCAGAUGUCAACUGUAUAUUUAUCUCACUGAACAAAAUUACUUUUUCCAUGUAAUGUUCUUGUAUAUAAAUCAUUUCAAAAGUUUGUA